AUGCUGGCGCUGCUGAGAAAUCAUCGACGAGGAUUGAAGGCGGACGUCCUGCUGAAUAAGGUCAAGGGAAACAUGGAGCUGGAUGGAUAUAAGAGCGUGCUCGUGGGGGUGGGGCGGAUGGAGCAGUGGGAUCUGGCGAGGGAGAUUGUGGAGUUUGUCAAGGCGGGCGGACGCGAGCGCGGCGACGAGGUGCUGACGAGUAAUUGGUUCGUCGCGUUGGCGACGCGACGAUUGGAGGAGAAGGCGUACGACGCGACGUGUGAUGUGUUCGGAUACAUGAAAGAGUUUGGCUCGGUACCGUCGGGGGAAACGAUCGAGACUUUUGCAAAGCUUACGGUGAGUGGUCUGUUUGCGCAAACGUUUUUUUGUCCGCGCCUUCGACCGAGCGUCGUCGAUGAUUAUACACCUUCAAAAACACCAUCUUUCGGAUCUGAAAGUCAUUGA